UAUGUUGUUUGAGGGGAAAGCUGUCCGCGGCGCUGUCUUUGGUGGACUUGUCUGUCUCCGUGUCUUGUGGGCCGGGUCAUGACACUUCAGGGGUGGGUCUCCUUCAACAAACACGCAGCUGGAUUUGCGUAUCUAGCAUCCCGGAGGCUGGCGGUUCCCAAUAACUAUAAGCACGUGUGUCUUUUCAGUCAGUCUGCAGCUAACAUGGCAGAGGAGGCGAAGAAGCUAGCUGCUUACGCCGCCGUGGAUAACCACAUUCAGAAUAAUCAGGUUGUUGGUGUGGGCAGCGGGUCAACUAUCGUCUACGCUGUGGAUAGAUUAGCUGAGAGAGUGCGUCAGGAGAAACUCAAUAUUGUUUGUGUUCCCACCUCCUUCCAGGCUCGUCAGCUGAUUCUACAGCAUGGCCUCACUCUGUCAGAUCUGGACAGGCACCCCGAGCUGGACGUGGCAAUUGACGGAGCAGAUGAAGUGGACAAAGACCUCACGCUGAUAAAAGGUGGAGGUGGCUGCCUGACUCAGGAGAAGAUUGUAGCCGGCUGUGCUAAACAUUUUGUUGUAAUUGCCGAUUACAGGAAGGACUCCAAAGCUCUGGGCCAACAGUGGAAGAAAGGAGUUCCCGUUGAGGUUAUCCCCAUGGCGCAUGUUCCCGUCUCCAGAACAAUAGCCAAGCGUUUUGGAGGCGAGGCUAACUUAAGAAUGGCUGUCAGCAAAGCAGGUCCCGUGGUCACUGAUAAUAGCAACUUCAUCCUGGACUGGAAGUUUGAGCAUGCUCAGAACUGGAAGGAAGUGAACACUGCAAUCAAGAUGAUCCCGGGUGUGGUAGAGACCGGGCUCUUCGUUGGGAUGGCCGAAAGGGCCUACUUUGGCAUGGAGGACGGAAGCGUGCAGGUUCGAGAUCCUGCGGUCAACUGAGUUUUCCACCAUCAACACAAUCUCUCUCUGCUCAUCUUUCCGAAUGACCUCACCGCUCCCACAAGUGCCAUAGUCUUGAUUUCCUCCAGGUGCCGUACUGUUUGGGUUGAGCUGCACCUCCUGCAAAGCAAGGCAGUUUUCACACAUCUCACUAGGAUCUCACUGAAGAUCACUUGGUUUUCUCAUCCUGCUGGUGGUGCUUCAGAGUUUUAAAGUGCCUGAUGAGUAAAAUCAAGUGCGUCGCAUCUUCUUUCUUAGCCUGUAAUGUCCCCAGUUUGGCUUCCUGGUCACACUGGGAAUUUUGGCUCUUCUGCAGUUAGCAGGUUUGACAGAGUCUCUGCAGAGUUGUGGUUCUCAAGUAUUAAGGUGAACCACUACAGUGCUGCACAGCCAGAUUAAGGAGUGCCUUGAGAUUUAAAAAAAGAAGACCUUUUUAAAGGCACAUUUAAAAAAUAAAUAAAUAUCAUAAUUAUAUGUCAAAACAUCUGCUAGGCCGACAAAACCAAAAAAAUCCUGUAAGCAGUCAGCACUAGUCUGCCUGCUUUUGGAGGGAUGGCAAGAACUACUAAUGAAUAUCCCAAUUUAAGCAGCAAGAGGCAUAAAAUGAUCUAGUGCAGCUAUGAAGCCUCUGGUAAUGUGUUACAAAGAUGCACAAUAUAAAGGUGGAGUGUAAUGCAAGUUUCCUUGUUGAAGAAGCCUAACAUGACAAAACAGCUAUCUGAUUUCCUGUCCUGAAUGAGGACAGAUUGGGGAAAUAUAUGUGGUUUCCUCUGAGGUUUCACUGCUCCUGUAAAGUUAGACUAAUCAUUGAAGGUUAAAGUCCUCAGCCUCGCUGUUUGUCCAGGAAAAAAGCAAAACUAAUGCAUGUACACAUCUCCUUCCUCUGUCUCUGUUCUUUUUGUGCCUGUAUGUCACCUGCAUGACCGUUACUUAUCCUUUACACGAGUCAUCUGGACACUGAACGCCUCCCACUAACGUAACUUGAAGUAGGUAAUGAUGGUAGACAGCCAUGCUAUUUAACUUUGGCGUGCUGUAGAUUAUGUAAGUUUCACUAGAACCAUGAGUACAUUUUGUGUCUUGUAAUACCAAAGUAAUAGAAUGUUCUUUAUGAUUCAAGUAGCAAAAGUUAAUACAUUUUCAUAGUUGAAUGCCUUUAAAAUAUUUUAGUUUAAGACAAAAGCGUUGUCAGUGUUGGUGAAACUGUGCAUCUUCGUAGUUCAGUUUAUAGCAUGGAGUCUGUCCCUUGAAGAAAUGAUCCCUUAUGUUAUUUUGUGGCCAAGUUACUGUCUCUGCCUGCAUCAGCCAUCACAUGUUGUUCUUAUGGUUUUCAAAUUCAGCCGUUCCUUCGACUUUACUAUGCCUUACACUGUGGUUUUAUUCUUGUGAAUGUGUUUGUUUCAAUGUAAAACUCUGAGCGAAUCUGGACAUGGGCAGAGCUGCGAAAUUCAAGAUCAAGUCAUGCAAAUGCAGUCAGUUGGCAAAUAUGUUUAAAAAAACCCACUGUGAAGUGCACACACUCGGAUCCUGUUCUAAUCUUAUUCCAGUCUCAUAAAUCAAAUUCAAGUGGCCUGGAGAUGAAAGGUUAAGCGAUCUGGGAAUGUGUUUGGAAUAUUUUUGCACCAGCAUGGUAUUUUUCUCCAUUCUUUUCUUUACCAGUUGACUGUGAUUAUUAUUAUUAUUGCUGCAAAGGUUCUAAUUUCUUUGUCAAUACAGGACCAAAAUUAUAAC